CACACUUAGUGUUAAUUUACAGACCUGGGAAUAAUGCCACAAGACUCUCCGGUGAGGAUUAUCUCCUGUUUGGCAACUGAAGUGACGGCCAUCAAGACUGGACAGAGUCGGGCUGAAUCUGAGCAAAAUCUGGUUGAAUCAGGAACCUUUUAGGACUCGUUAGAAGAAAACCCCUUAUUCUUGAAACCACAACAGCACCAGUCAAACGCAACUGGGUUUGUGAGUUGUGCAAACCAAGAUGCCCAUCUUAAAGCAGCUGAUGUCGGGGUCUCAGACCAAACGGCGAUCUCGUAUGGACCUCACUACCGAGAUGAUCAGCGCUCCCUUGGGUGACUUCCGGCACACCAUGCAUGUAGGGCGCAGCGGGGAAGCUUUCGGAGACACCUCUUUCCUCAGCACUCGAUCUGGAGAGCCAUCCCAAGAAGGCCACACCUAUCCUCGCUCUCCAAAACCGGGACUGCUGUCUCGUACCUUCCGAAGCAGCAAGCGCUCUCAGUCGGUCACCAGAGUAGACCAGCGAGAUAAUACUCUCUUUCCUCCCAGCGAGUCACCUACCUUUGUGAAGAAUGCCAUGUCCUUGCCCUUUCUGAACAAUGAAGAAGAACCAGAGGGAGACAAGAGGGUGCUCAAGAGCUUGACCUCCAGCCCCUCCAAUGGGGCCUCUGCUGAAGCAUUGGACUUGGAGCUACAUGAGAAGCAUUUCGGGGUGUUGACUGACCUGCGACCUUCCCCAUCUUACAACGGUGGAGGAUUGAAGAAAGCUGAAUCUGUGAUGUCAUUCCAUGUUGACCUUGGGCCCUCGAUGCUGGGGGACAUCCUGGGGGUCAUGGAGAAGGAAGACGAUGACCAGGGGUUUGAAGAAGGCAAGAGCAGUGAGGGACAUGCAUCUCCUCUUCACUGCAACCUGGGAGGAGUGGAAAUGGAUGAGGAAAUGAGGGAGGUUGUUGUGAAAGAAGAGGAACUAGAGGGGUUAGUCACUCACAGUGAUGGUCCCAUGAGGGCUCCCAGCUCUGUUGACUUGGAGAUACAGAGUGAAGGCACCAGCACCCCAGAACCACACCACAAACGCCUGCAUCACCUCGACAGCUGCUCAAUUUCCAGCUCAGGUUCAGCUGCCUUGGAGGAGAAACCAACCAGUGAGCCUUACGAGGAAGAUAUUGGAGUUGCCGACAACAUCUGCAACCCAGACAAUGAACCAGCCUUCUCCUCCUUCAUGGAAAAUGAGGAUGAUGAGAUCCGAGUAUGAAACCCUACAAUUAGCAAACCUUUCUGAGGAUGGAGAGAUAAAUAUCUCAGACUAGAAUUUGACAUUGUGUAAAGAGGAGAAAUACGGUGUAGAUGUAAGCACGUCAAAGCUGGACAGAUGCCUCAGGUUCCUGUGUCCCUGUUGAGAUAAGUUGGGGAGACUGCUUUAGCUCAGAAACCAAAGCCAUCUGUCACACUACUGACCCAUGCUAAGAUGAGCAGCUGGAUGUGUUAAGUCCGAAAGUGACCUGCUAUAAGUUCCACUGAUAGCUCUGCUAAUGAAAAGACAUACAUAAGGGAUACAUACAUCACCGAAACGGUAAACUUCACUUCCGCAAGCAGAUGCUGUUUUUAAGCCAUUCUCCCAUAGUCCCAUGCGAGGUUCCCACAGUUGUAAACCGGAAAUAUCAGGGAUUUUUUCCAAAUGUAAAGGUCAUGGAUUUUUUUCAUGUUAUUCUCUGCUCUAAAACAUUUCAUUCAUGAAAAAUUGUAUUUUGUGUUCUCUAUAAAAUUGUUUUAAAAAUCCUUAUCUGGUAAUCACAAGCAACUAGAAUGGUCAUGUAAAUUCAUUGGUCAAAAGAUGUGGGAACCCUGCCCAUGACUUGGUGCCUAAAGAUAAUAGUUAUUUUUAUUUAGAGCACUAGAGUAUUAAAGUUAAUCAUAUGAUUUGUUCAGUGGCCCUCUGCAUAAAGGUACAAUAUAUUUUCAAAGUUAAUAUCAGCACUCUGCCAUUGUCAGAAAAGUAACAUUGUGUUAGGAGAGAGCUCUUAUGAGAUGAUCCAAAUGUUUUAUCAUACACAUUCUUGGGGUAGCAUUGUCAAAGCCCUACAAAUACUUUAUCUCUAGAUUCCAUAUAAUUCAGUCAUGCAUCCGGUAAAACUGUCAUUUUAAGAGCUACUGUGGUUCAGAAGCUCAGGAAACGUCCUUGUGCAGCUGAUUACACUGCGCUGGUCUGAGCUUGAAUGCUCAUUUGAAGGUGGUGGAUGUUUGAGAACCUCUCCAGAGACUGAUCAUAGUCCACUUUUGGGAAGAGUGGCAACAGGUGUCCCUCCAUCAGAUCUAAUUUUUCAGUCUGUACGUGUUUUGCAUAGUAGUUGUUUGCUCAAUAUCUUGCAUAUCUCACCACUUCCUUCCUGCACUUCAUGGCGUGCGAGGGGAACUACUGCUGUUUAUUGCUGGAGUUUUUGAUCAGUUUGAUUGUAGCUGUCAUUGAAACAUUUAAACCAUUGGUUAAACAAUGUGUCACGUCAAGUACAACUAAAAAGACAGUUGUGUUAAGUCAUGUCUUCUAGUAAACAUGAACAUGUCGGUUCUAUUAAUUGUGUUAACUCUGACAUUAGCAAAUUAUUGCACUGGUAUUGCUCCUCAGUAAAUUCACUGGGGCGCUUUAAUACACUGUUGAGCAAAGACACUAAAAUUAAUUGAUUCCGUUUGAUCUUUUGACUUUUUCAUUGUGUACAUAUAAUAAUAAUUCCUUACAUUUAUAUAGUGCUUUUCUGGGCACUCAAAGCGCUUUACAU